GUUUUUGGGGGUUGUUUUUUUACUGUUUUGUUCCGAUCAUGGAUGCCAUUGAUUCCGGCGACGGUGGUACGUCGGUAGCAUCAACACCGUGGCAGCCAUUUCAGCUCGUCUUCAAGCGUUAUUCUCCACAGAAAGGGUCCGAUGGCAAAGUUCAGUCAUUUCGUGCCGCCGUGAAGAAGAAGCCGGUAGUGGUGAGACUAACUAGGGACUUGGUUGAGACAUACAAAAUAUGCAACGCACAGUUCAAAUAUAGAGGAGAGUUGAAUCCCAAGCGGUACUUGACUACUCCAUCAGUUGGUGUUCUCAAUGAUGGGUUUGAUAAUGUCAACUCCGAUCUAAUUCUGGCUGUAAAUGAUGAUUUGUGCCGUUCAGAUUCACGGCAGAGAUACAUUGUCAAAGAUCUUCUUGGCCAUGGGACUUUUGGUCAGGUUGCUAAAUGCUGGGUUCCUGAGACAAACAGCUUUGUUGCUGUAAAAGUUAUAAAAAACCAGCCUGCAUACUAUCAGCAGGCACUGGUUGAAGUAUCUAUUUUGACAACGCUAAACAAGAAGUAUGAUCCAGAGGAUAAGCACCAUAUUGUUCGCAUAUACGACUACUUCUUACAUCAACGUCAUUUGUGCAUAUGCUUUGAACUUCUCGACAUGAAUCUGUAUGAGCUCAUAAAGAUAAAUCAAUUUAGAGGCCUCUCAUUAAGCAUAGUCCAGCUCUUCUCAAAGCAGCCAACUGAAAUAAAGAUAAUUGACUUUGGAUCAGCGUGCAUGGAAGAUAGGACUGUUUAUUCAUAUAUUCAGAGUCGUUACUACAGAUCGCCGGAAGUUUUACUUGGGUACCAAUACACUACAGCUAUUGACAUGUGGUCUUUUGGCUGCAUAGUCGCCGAACUGUUUCUUGGAUUGCCACUGUUUCCUGGAGCUUCAGAAUUUGAUAUCUUGAGGCGUAUGAUUGAGAUACUGGGCAAACAGCCACCUGAUUAUGUGCUCAAGGAAGCAAAAAAUACGAAUAAGUUCUUUAAAUGUGUUGGGAGUGUCCACAAUUUAGGGAAUGGUGGCCUCAAAAGUGCUUAUAUGCCACUGACGGAAGAAGAGUUUGAAGCUAGAGAAAAGAAAAAGCCAGAGAUUGGGAAAGAGUACUUCCGCCAUAAGGACCUUGAAGAAAUUGUUAAAGGCUAUCCUUACAAAGUAAACUUGCCUCAAGACGAUGUAGUCAAAGAAACUCAAAUCCGGUUAGCUCUUAUUGAUUUUCUGAGAGGACUUGUUGAAUUUGAUCCAGCAAAACGGUGGUCACCUUUUCAGGCAGCAAAGCACCCUUUUAUCACUGGGGAACCUUUUACGUGCCCAUACAACCCUCCACCAGAAACACCUCAUGUGCAUGUUGCUCAAAAUAUCAAAGUGGACCAUCAUCCAGGUGGAGGGCACUGGUUUGCCGCUGGCCUCUCUCCUCAUGUAUCAGGGAGAACCAGAAUCCCGAUGCACAAUAGUCCCCAUUAUCAGAUGAUGCCUUAUUCACAUGCAAACAGUUAUGGGAGUAUCGGAAGCUAUGGUAGCUACAAUGAUGGUACUAUGCAGGGAAAUAGCUACGGGAGCUUUGGAGAGACCAGCAACAUGUUUGCCUAUUAUUCUCCUGUGAAUCAUUCUGGCCUUUACAUGCAAAACAAAGGUGGUGUCCCAAUGCUCGGAACUAGUCCUGAUGCCAGACGUAGGGUUAUGCAGUACCCACAUGGAGGCGGUCUUGGUUCAAGUCCAUCUGCUGGAAAUUUUGCACCACUACCUCUUGGCACUAGUCCGUCGCAAUUUACUCCACCAAAUACAAACAAUCAAUUUUUAGCUGGUUCUCCUGGACACCAUGGGCCAACAUCUCCAGUGAGAAACAGUUCUCAUGGGUCUCCUUUAGGAAAGAUGGCUGCAUUUAGUCAAUUUAACAGAAGAAAAGGCGUUGGAUAUUCUGGAGUUUCUCAGUCGCAGGAUUCUUCCUUGUCACAAGCGCAAGGUCAUGGGAUGGAUAACUUUUAUCAAAAUGAUGGGUAUUCUGGACAGUUCUCUGGUUCACCUUCACACCGACAAUUGGAUUCUGGGUUCCAGAACCGUAAGCAGACAUCAGGUAGUGGAUACUCUACUCAUAAUAUUCCCAGCUCAUCACUUCGGUCCAGUAUGCAUAAUCCUUCCAGUGCUGGACCCCAUCUUGAGAAUCCGGAUACUGCCUUAUCAGUGCCCGAUCCAGGAGAUUGGGACCCGAAUUACAGGCAAGUAAACAAAAUGCUUUCUAAUAUACAGAUAAGGCAAGUCACAGCCCUGAUUGAUGAUUUGCUUCUACAAGAAGAUAGCGCCGAUGAGAGUGUUGUUGCUAAUGCAUUCAGCAGAAGUAUGCAACUUGGUUCAACAGAUGCAUCCAGUGCUAGAAGGUUCAGUAAUGCCUCGACCUCAUCCACAAAUCCGACAACCCAAAGGAGAUAUGCUCCAAAUCAACCCUUUUCGCAAGUAGAGAUUGGCAGCCCACCAAGUUAUGAUCCUCAUGCCAGGUUUGGCCAACUUAUGCCAGGAUCACAACUCACUCAUGUCUCUCAGAACUCUCCAAGUCGCUUAGGGCAGCAACCUCCUCCAAGAUACAAUCAUGGGACUGGGAGACCAAAUGCUGGAAGAGCUAUGGAUCGGAAUCACAUCAACGCUCAGCUUCCUCCGUCCAAUACUAAUUCCGGUGGUCAACGGUCACCAAGAAGUAGCUCAUUUACCAAUGGUAACCCUUGGGGAGGACGUAGGACUAACCAUCAUGUCCCGAAUGUUCCAUCAACGUCUCAUGGAAGGAUGGACUAUGGAAGUAUUGCC